AUGCUCAGCAGACUAGCUUCGCUCAGUGCAUGGGGCACCCAUGUACAUGUCAUGCGCUGGAAGAACGAGGGAGGUGGCUCGUUACAGCGCAUGAGUGGUAUGACGCCUGUAACAUCUGCGGACAAGAUCACCAUGGCUCGUUUGGCUUGGCUCGGCCGUGAAGCACAGAUCGUGUGGCGGGAUCGACGAAAGGUGUUGGCUAGCUCAGUGCGACGUACAGUGAUCAAAUAA